AUGUCUCUCCACUUGUCCUACGAAACCCUGGUCAUUGCUGUCCGCCAAAAGCAGCUCUACCAGUACUUAGCUGCUUCUACGGCGAGCGUGCUAGUCUUUGAUACCUUGUCCUCCCUUGACGAGGAGAUCAAAUAUGUAUGGAAGUCACGAUGGCAUCCAGUCAAGGUGUUAUACCUCUGGACACGAUAUCAAAACCUUGCAAUUGCCGCUAUGGAGUUGUGGUUUCUCGCUUUUCCAGGUGGACCGUCGGGUCCUGCCUGUUACAAGCCAAUGUCUGCCACGAUAUGUACGUCCUUCUUUUAUAGCAUGUACGCCUAUCUGACAAACUAA